CAUCAGUUAAUUACAUCUCUUUCUCAAAAGAUGGUGAAUCCCAUUCCGGUGCCGGCUCCAUCACCAAGCUACACCGCCGUAACGAGUCCGAUUGCGGUGGUGGGACGGCAAUACUGCAUAUUGGAGUAUCCAAUUGACCUUGUGAUUGUGAGAAAGGUCAUGGCUUUAAGCCUUGGCAAUUUCACCGUGACAGAUAUAAAGGAGAAUAUAAUGUUCAAAUUGGAAGCUCAAUGGUCUCUUCACGACCAUCGGAUCCUUCGUGAUCCAGCUGGAAAUCCAAUUGUCACUCUCCGACAAAAGAUCAGAUCAAUGCAUGGGAGAUGGCAGGUGUUCAAAGGAGAGAGCCAUGAGGAGAAAGACCUUCUCUUCACAGCUAAAACAACCUCAUGGCUGCAAUUCAAGACAAAGAUGGACGUUUUCUUGGCAAAUAACACCAAACAAGAAACCCCUGAUUUCAGGUUGGAUGGCAGUUAUUCUGAGAGGUCCGGCAUCAUCUACGCCGGAGAUGGCAAGUCCAAAGCCAUUCUUGCCCAAAUGCAUAAGAAGGAUACUGUGAAAAGUGUAUUACUGGGGAAGGACAACUUCAGAGUGACCAUCUAUCCAAACGUAGACUACGCUUUCAUCGUCGCCCUCAUUGUCAUUCUUGACGAUAUUCAGUGUCGGUCUCGGUCUCGAGAAUUGGAAAUGUCCCAUUCUCAUUCCAAUGCAGGAAAAUUGGAUUGCCACGUCCCAUUGUAG